AUGGUAAUAAGUGAGCAAAGUUUGGCAUGUACGCCAAGUUGUGGAAUGGCUGGAUGUCACAUCCCGCCCCCGCCUUUUCCAGGAGGAUGCGGGAAGCCUCCAUGUGGUGGUGGCUGCAAAAGUGGCAGUAAUGGAUGUGGCGGAGGUGGACCACCACCACCACCACUACCACCACCGCCAGUAUAUGGUGCUCCUCCAUCGAUAAGUAAUGUAUAUGGAGCCCCGAUACCAUAUGCAACAUCAUAA